AGGUGGUGAAUCUGUUCAACAUGUUUAUAACAUAUGGAGAUACGUUCCUGCCCACCUCCAACAGUUAUGAUGAACUGUACUAUGAGAUCGUCAGGAUGCACCAGAUCUUUGACAACCUCUACUGCAUGGUACUGAGAGUGUCCACCAACACAGGCCAGUGGAAGGAGCCUGCCAGUAAAGUCACACACUCACUGGUCAACGUCAGGGCCAUUAUCAACCAUUUCAACCCCAAGAUUGAGUCCUACGCUGCAGUGAACCACAUCUCCCAGCUGUCUGAGGACCAGGUAUUGGAGGUGGUUCGGUCCAACUAUGACACGUUGACCCUGAAGCUGCAGGAUGGUCUGGACCAGUUUGAGAGAUACUCUGAACAACCCAAGGAGGCUGCCUUCUUUAAAGAACUGGUUCGCUCAAUCAGUCUGAAUGUGAGGAAGAAUGUGUCUCUGAACACACUGAGUCAGGACCUCCUGCUCAAAGAGUUCUCCACCAUCUCCUAAGAGACAUAUGUAUAGUCCUCACCCCCCCUGACUCUAUCUGACUACACACACACUCCUCUAUCUGACUACACACACACUCCUCCCUCCUCACCCAUCCACACACCCCCCUCUCAAAGAGUUCUCCACCAUCUCCAGAGAGGGAGGGGCACACACCUCUCCCCCACUGACUCGCCUCUCUGUCUCUCCACCUGCCCUACACACCUCUCCCCCACUGCCUCGCCUCUCUGUCUCCCCACCUGCCCUACACACCUCUCCCCCACUGCCUCGC